UUUGUUGGGUAAUUUGAGUAUGUCCAGGUGCGGCCCUCCACGGCCGAAUUAAGAAUCAACCUCUUCUUCUUCUUCUUCUUCUUCCUCCUCAAUUUCUCUCCAUUUCUUGAGAGAAUUGUGAUAAUUUCAGGGCUUUUGUUGUUUCUACACUUCCGAUGGAAGUUUCUUCAAGUUCAAUGGGACCAACAUUCAAUCCCAGCUGUUGUACCGACUUCAAUCGCCCCUGCCGCUGUUCUUCUUGUUCCUGACUGGAAGGGAACCGGAACUUCUGUUGGAUUCGGGUUUCUUUUCCUUCAUUUUUCUCUCUGAUUAGGUUGGUUUACAGGAGGUGUGACUUUUGGGGGAUUGGGAUUCGUUUGCUAGGGUUAAGACUUUGAUGCUUCUCUUUGUUUGUAGCUAAUGGAUUUGUCCAAUUCCCAUUCCAAUCUAUCUCUCGGGUUCUCGUCUCAUGCUUCGCCGCCCCACCGCGCUCAAAUUGCUGAUGAUUCCGUCCUUCUUCAUCUCGAUUCUACUCGACGGGAACCCCCGUAUUCGUCCCCCCCAGUCCCUCUUCAGUUGAUGGAACCGCAGACGGAGAGUCACAGAGACGAGGAUGGAGAGGCGGAGAGAGAAGACGAUGACUACGACGACAGGGAGGUGGAGGAGUUUCGUAUUCUGGGUCAUUCUAUGUGCUUGAAGCGCCGAAGAGAUGGCGAAUCUUCAUCCUCGUCGGGCUCUACCAAGAGGGUUUCGUGUGAAUUUGAUAUGGAUGCGAGAAGGAGUGCCGUACGGUCGUGGGGCAACCAGACCCUUCGAGUUGCGGACCCUAACCUAUUUGGGAUUAUGGAGAAGGAGAAACAUAGGCAAUUCAAGGGAAUCGAAUUGAUUGCUUCCGAAAAUUAUGUGUGCCGGGCUGUUAUGGAAGCACUUGGAAGCCAUUUGACUAAUAAGUACUCGGAAGGAAUGCCUGGUGCGCGGUAUUACGGUGGAAAUCAAUAUAUAGAUGAGAUUGAAACCCUUUGCCGUGAGCGCGCAUUGGCGGCCUUUGGUCUUGAUUCUGAUAAUUGGGGAGUUAACGUGCAACCUUAUUCAUGCACGUCCGCGAACUUUGCUGUCUACACUGGUCUGUUACUACCCGGAGAUCGAAUCAUGGGGUUAGAUACCCCUUCAGGUGGGAAUACAAGUCAUGGGUACUGUACCCCAAAUGGCAGAAAAGUUUCGGGGGCCUCAAUUUUCUUUGAGAGUUUGCCAUACAAGGUGAAUCCGCAAACUGGGUAUAUAGAUUAUGAUAAGCUCGAGGAGAGGGCGCUUGACUUUCGCCCAAAAAUACUUAUUUGUGGUGGGAGCUCAUAUCCUCGUGAGUUGGAUUAUGCAAGGUUUAGGCAGAUUGCAGAUAAGUGUGGAGCAGUUCUAAUGUGUGAUAUGGCUCAAAUUAGUGGCCUUGUCGCUGCUAAGGAAUGUGUUAGCCCUUUUGGGUACUGUGAUGUUGUGACUUCAACUACUCAUAAGAGCCUCCGAGGUCCAAGGGGAGGUAUAAUUUUCUAUAGGAAGGGUAGUAAGCCAAGGAAGAGAGCAAUGCUUUUGUACCAGGGAAACGAGACUGACCAAUAUGACUUUGAGGAGAAGAUAAACUUUGCUGUUUUUCCAUCUUUACAAGGUGGACCACACAAUAAUCAUAUUGCUGCUCUUGCGGUUGCCCUAAAACAAUUGGCUACUCCAGAAUACAAGGCAUACAUGCAGCAGGUGAAGAAAAAUGCUCAAGCCUUGGCUUCUGCUUUACUUCGAAAAAAGUACAGGCUUGUAACUGGUGGCACAGAUAAUCACAUGUUACUCUGGGAUCUGAGGCCCUUGGGAUUAACAGGUAAGAACUAUGAGAAGGUUUGUGAGAUAUGCCAAAUUACUCUCAACAAAAUUACAAUAUAUGGUGAUAAUGGAAUUAUUAUUCCUGGAGGAGUACGGAUUGGCACCCCAGCUAUGACAUCAAGAGGCUGUCUGGAAUCUGAUUUUGAGACAAUUGUUGACUUUCUUCAUACAGCCGCUCAAAUUGCAAUUUCAGUACAGCGGGAGCAUGGGAAGCUACCAAAGGCUUAUCUUAAGGGCCUUCAAAAUAAUAAUGAAGUUGUUGAGCUCCGAAAUCGUGUUGAAAGUUUUUCAGCUCAAUUUGCAAUGCCGGGAUUUGAACCUUGAAUAGUAGUUGCAAUUGCAUUUUUGAAUGGAUGACCAUUCACAGUCCCCAAAAAAUCUUAUUUGCUGCUCCUCAUGCCUUUCAUAGUUACACUCUCUGAAGCUUCCCCUACCGCUGUUGCUGUCUUCAAAAUUGUUGCUGUUUAUCCUUUUGCCAGAAUUUUGCUUAUCAUCUUAUGUUUUGGAAGGCCCUUGCAAACACCAGGAGAGCAUUUGGUACUACAAAGCUUUUCUUCUAUAAGGCGGAAGGUAUAUAAUGGAUUGAGGCGUCACGUGCAGUUUUUGGUGUCAUUUUCAGGAUCAAAUUACUGAAGAAAAUGGUUGUUACGGAGAAAUAAUUAGAACUCUAGUACUCUAAGUUAUCAGAGAUCUGGAAGAAUGUUUUGGAUCUGAUUGUUGAUGGCCACGGCUCGGGAAUCAUUUUGCCAGCCUGAUGUGUGAUGUGGUAGGCAGUAGGCACAAUGACUGACAAUUCCCUUUGCUCAGUUUCCAUUGUUUGCUGAUGUAGCUGUGAUACAUAAUUGAUGAGAUGAGAUGAGAUAUUUGAAUUUGAGUUGUUAGAUUAGUGUUUGUUGAGUUCCUCACUAAACUGCGAUCACCUUGAGGCACAAUUGAAUCAUUCAAGUUUAGGUACUGUUAUUUUCCAGUGUUAUAUGUACACCUAUCGUGGGGAAUAGUUAUAGGAUAAAACCAGUAUGCCCCUUUUCA